AUGACCAGGGGCAUUCUUACCAGCCUUCUUGACACCAUUAAAGCCGAUCCUUGGGCAAUGUGGCUCAUCAGCAGUCAGUAUGACGGCUUUCACCACAUGCGUGCGAACAAGACGUAUAACGACACUUUCUACUUCGGCUGCUGGCAUAGCGCUAUAGCAUGGACGUUCUGUCGGCAGAGCGCGUCGACAAGAGCUAUAUGGAUCACGAGACAGGGAAUCUCGGAGCAUCGAGACUGGGAUAUGGAUGACAAGAGAAAUCCAAUCCCAGAAUUCCUGACUUCACUCGAUUCCUAUGCCCCGUUAACACACGUGCCAUACGUUCUCGCGAUAGCGUUGGCUCUUGCUACGAUGCUGGACUAUGACGCAAGGAUACUUAGGCAGCUUCAGCAGAUCGAAGAAGUAGAGGAGGGAACAGGAUUUACGAGGAAGCAUAUGGUAUCAGGGAAUCUGGACCACGCUUACGACGUGGACAAAUUGACGCAGUGGUCGAGACUUUGCUCCGGGCUACGGAUUAAUACAACCAAUCUCCUUCGUCAUCACGACAAUUGCAUGCGCUUGUUCGAGUACAUUGCCGACUCCGAGAAGGAAGGGCCGAACCUUGCUGCAGGAACUACCUACAGUGGAGAGUACGAUCGCUCAAUGGCGGACAUUCUGGAGAUGACUAGAGUGUUGAAAAUGAGAGCGGACAGCUUUUCCACCUACGCUAGCUAUAUUAGAGACCGAGCUGAGGCACAGGUCAACGUGAUCUUCGCUCUCCUCACUCAUGAGGAUUCAGUUGCCAACCUCAAGUCCGCAGAAGCGUCCAAGGGGAUUGCCGCAGCUGCCAAGCGCGAUAGCAGUGCUAUGAAGACUGUCGCCGUCAUGACCAUGGCAUUUCUUCCUGCAACUUUCCUCGCAGCGCUAUUUGCGUUGCCUGCUCUGGAAUGGGCUAAGCCUGUGGUGGUGAAGAUGGAUGGCUUCGUGUUGUACUGGAUCACCACAAUCAUUCUGACUGUGACUGUGUUUGUCCCGUAUUGA